CUCAAACUAUCAGGCGACAAAGCGAACCUCGUCGAGUUCUGGCGCAACCCGGAGGCCGGCAACAUCUACCGCCACGCAGAGCACCUCACCUUCCCCGUGACCCCCUGUCUCGUCCACCACUCGAAGCUAUGCCAGACCGUGUCCUCGGCAUCGGCAAGCACGAAGACGAUUCAGGUCAUGGACAUGUGCUGCGGUACUGAGGUGGUGUCGUCGUAUAUUCAGAAGAUGAUGAGGGAGUUACCGGGACAGCAGAGGGAGAGGGUGAGGCUGACGAGCGCGGACUCGAGUGAGGCGCAGUUGAGGGUUGUGAAGGAGAAGAUUGAGAGGAAGGGGUGGGUUGGGAGUGAGGUUAAGCAGGCCGAUAUCAUGAACAUGUCGUUCCCUUCGGAUCAGUUUGACGUUGUUAUCGUCGCCAUGGCGUUGAUGCUCGUGGCCGAUCCGUACACGUCUCUCAAUGAAUGCUACCGCGUCACCAAACCCGGCGGCACAGUCGCAACCUCGACCUGGGUAACAGAAGGCUGGAUCCCAGACACCCGCGACUCAGUAGCAUCCCUCGCCCUGCCCGGCCCAAACCAACAACCCAUCUCGUGGCCGCAGUCCUCCAUCGAGCUGACCUCGCUCUGGGGCCCCGGCGCGUGGGAGUCCCCCUCCUUCGUCAAGAGUAUGUUCACGGCGGCCGGCUUCGUGGACGUGGAGGUGGACGUUGUGACCAAGUGGGUGCCGUUCUCGGGGGUCGACGAGUGGCGUACCGUUUUUCAGGCGUUUAUGCACGGGGUCAUGGAGAGGUUUUGGACGAGGGCGCAGAGGGAGGGGUUGAAGGGGCGGUUGAUGCCGACGUUGAGGGCGUUCAUGGAGGAGAAGUAUCAGGGGAGGCCGUUUGAGGUUGAGAGGACUGUUUUGUUGGCUAGGGGGAGGAAGCCGGAGUGA